CAUUUUUUCGUUUUUCAUUCUCAACAUGGUUCUUCUCACUUUUGGUAUCAUUAACCCUUCAUUCAUCAGGGAUCAAUUCCGCCCAAAUGACCUUGAUCAACCAAUGCAACUACACGGUGUGGCCAGCUUUGAGCAGUAACGUCAGUCUUUCAACGACGGGGUUCGUUUUGCCAAGCGGCGAAAAUUCGAGCGUCAAUGUACCCGUGAAUUGGGUGGGUCGAAUCUGGGGCCGUACACUCUGCACCACCGACUCGGUUACCAGAAAAUUCUCUUGUGCUACCGGCGACUGCAGUUCUGGCAAGAUAGCAUGUAAUGGAAGACAAGGGUCUCCACCGAACACGCUGGUGGAGUUCAGUUUAGACAUCAACGAUACUGACUAUUAUGACGUGAGCUUGGUGGACGGGUUCAACGUGCCGGUGAUUGUUGUUCCCAUAAGUAGUUAUGGGGCAACUGUGAGUAGGGCUGGGCAUAAAUAAUUGUACUGAACUGAACUACCAAAAACUGUAUUGAACUAAAAAACAGUUCGUAUGAACUGCACUGAACUGAAAAACAGUUUAGACGAACUGAACUGUUUUUCUGAAAAAUAAACUGGAUUGAACUGCACUGUACUGAACUGCACUGCACUAUAAUAUGAACUGUACUGAACUGUUAUAAAUUGAACUGUUAUAAA